AUGCUUUCUGAAAGCAGUUCAUUUUUGAAGGGUGUGAUUCUCGGAAGCAUUUUCUGUGCUUUGAUCACGAUGCUAGGCCGCAUUAGAAUUGGUCAUCAAAAUACAAUGCACCAUGAGCAUCAUCACCUACAAGCUCCUAACAAAGAAGAUAUCUUGAAAAUUUCAGGGGAUGAACGCCUGGAGCUCAGUAAAGGUUUUCAGAUAUAUUGUAUCAUCCUUGUAAAGCCCAAAGAUGUGAGUCUUUGGGCUUCAGUGAAGGAGACUUGGACCAAACACUGUGACAAAGCAGAGUUCUUCAGUUCUGAAAAUUUUGAAGAAUUUGAGUCUAUUAGUAUGGAAACAAGUGACAUGUGGUUAAUGAUGAGAAAAGCUUACAAAUAUGCCUUUGAUAAGUAUAGCGACCAAUACAACUGGUUCUUCCUUGUACGUCCUACUACAUUUGCUAUUGUUGAAAACCUAAAGUAUUUUUUGUUAAAAAAGGAUCCAUCACAACCUUUCUAUCUAGGUCAUACUAUAAAAUCUGGAGAUUUUGAAUAUGUGAGUGUGAGAGGAGGAAUUGUUUUAAGUAUAGAAUCAAUGAAAAGACUUAACAGCCUUCUCAAUAUCCCUGAAAAGUGUCCUGAACAGGGAGGAAUGAUUUGGAAGAUAUCUGAAGAUAAGCAGCUAGCAGUUUGCCUGAAAUAUGCUGGAGUGUUUGCAGAAAACGCAGAAGAUACAGAUGGGAAAGAUGUAUUUAAUACCAAAUCUGUUAGGCUUUUUAUUAAAGAAGCAAUGAAUAAUCACUCUAACCAGGUAGUAGGAAGAUGUUGUUCAGAUAUGGCUGUUACUUUUAAUGGACUAACUCCUAAUCAGAUGCAUGUGAUGAUGUAUGGGGUAUAUCGUCUUAGGGCAUUUGGACAUCUUUUCAAUGAUACAUUGAUUUUCUUGCCUCCAGAUGGGUCUGACAAUGACUGA